GGCUCCUAUAUGAUCAUUAUCGUCUCGUACAUGCCCCUCUUGCUGGUGCACCGCUUCAUUCUUAACCUCCGCCAGCUCAACCACACCGCCGAGGCUAGUGACAAUAGCACCAAUGCGCAACGCUCUUCUCGCUUCUCUGUCAGCUUCAGGAUGCCCUCCGAUUUUCUUGGGAAUAUUGGCGAGCCUCUGGACUAUGGCGAGUCAGAUCGGGCAGAAGAAGACGGCAACAAUGGCCACUGGGCAGCGGAAGAGCCCCGAGACGGGCUCGAAGAGGGCAUCGUGCGCCGGGCGCGCCCGUCGACUACGCGCUGGGAGAAACUUGCAAGAAUCGGUGCCGCCCCCGUGCCAAUUCUACUAUCGGUCGAACGUGCAAGCGAAGAGGGUGACACUGGGCGGUCUGCUUCCCCGUAGGGAAUCGUGACUGAACCUUUCAUGACGGCAGAUUAG